GAAAUUCAAAAUCUGAGGCCCUGAGAAUCGGACUAACGAGUCCGCGGUUUGCAGUAUAUAAGACACGUAGAUAUUCACUAUGCUGGCCACAGAGCUAGUUCCUCCACACAUCUCAACUCGAUUCCUCACGCACUAUGAGUGGUAUCUGGUCAACCCCUCCUGAGCCUUCCACCAAGCUCGGCCGCCACCGGCAGCUGGCACCUCUGGCGGGCGUGCAUGUCUCACCUAUCCAGCUCGGUGCCAUGAGCAUUGGCGACAAGUGGCAACAGUACGGCAUGGGCACGAUGGACAAGGAGAGCAGUUUUAAGCUGCUUGACGCAUUCUUCGACGCCGGUGGCAACUUCAUUGAUACAGCCAACGGCUAUCAAGAUGAGACAUCCGAGCUUUUCAUCGGAGAAUGGAUGGAAAAGCGCGACAACCGCGAACAGAUCGUUCUCGCCACCAAGUACUCGACCAAUUACAAGCGCGCCGCUCCAUUCAGCGAGAUUUCUCAGAAGACUCAGUACAUCGGCAACAGCCUCAAGUCGAUGCACAACUCCUUGAACGCGUCGCUUAAGAAGCUACACACGGACUACGUCGACAUCUUUUACGUGCACUGGUGGGAUUACACCACCAGCGUCGAAGAGGUCAUGAACGGCCUGCACAAUCUUGUCGUACAGGGCAAGGUGCUCUACCUUGGUGUCUCCGAUACGCCUGCCUGGAUCGUCUCAAAGGCUAACACCUAUGCGCGCUUGACUGGCAAGACGCCAUUCUCCAUCUAUCAAGGAGCGUGGAACAUCAUGCAACGCGAUUUCGAGCGCGACAUUUUGCCUAUGGCUGUCCAAGAAGGUAUGGCGCUGGCGCCCUGGAAUGUCCUUGCCGGCGGCAAGAUUCGCACAGAUGCGGAAGAGCAACGUCGCCUCGAGUCAGGCGAGGGUGGUCGCACGCUAUACAGUGAUUGGAAGCGUACCGAGGAUCAGCGACAGGUCUGCUCGGCUCUCGAGAAAGUCGCCGCGGACAUUGGUGCAAAGAGCCUCACCUCUGUCGCCAUCGCAUACGUCAUGCAAAAGGCCCCGUACGUCUUCCCUAUCAUUGGCGGACGCAAGAUCGAACACAUGUACCAAAACUUGGAGGCGCUCGAUAUUUCUCUCACCCCCGAGCAAAUCAAGGUCCUUGAUGAUAUCGUUCCAUUCGACAAAGGCUUCCCCUUCACCCCCUUCGGCGAUGGAUCCGACUACAAUCGUAUAUACAAGUCUGCAGGUCACUUCGAUAAGUGGCCCGCUCCCCAGGCGAUUCGUCCUGCGUCGAAGCAGUAGUCAUCAAGACACUUUGGCCGAUGAGUUUAUGUAUAUAGUGCAAGACUUCACACCAAGUGCAUCUGAAAAUUACACGUAUCUCUGACUCCCAAUAAAGCACACGCACGCAAAUUUAAGAUCUGACUGGCUUGGCACCAUCACGGCGUCGAGUUCGACUUGAAGCCGGCGGGCACUCCGCGGGACUCCUGUAGCCACAGCCAUGUCGAUUCAUAUAAACUCAUCGAGUACCAGGCUAUACCCCCUACGAAAGUUUCGUGCGCAACUCUAAGUUAACUACCGGCUGGGGAUCAUGGUGGCGCACUGCAAGGCCCGACUGGCCGGAGUUCGGCUCGAACACACUACACGCAUGGGCCAUCAUUCAACAUAACAGAACCGGUGGCCAAAACAUACAGAAUUCUAUCUAUGAUGGCGAGUUUGAUGCAGUAUUCUCCGCCUGGUCUUGACCCUAUCUAUACUCUCAGUAUCUGGCCAUGGGAUCGGCUGGCACCACCUGAGGCAAUGUCUUAUGUACAAUCUCUUUGGAAGUCAUUAAUUGACCUCCACUGCAGAGUCGAUCGCAAGUUUGACUUCAAAGUGCUAUUUCUCGUAUUUCUCGU